UGCAGAAAAAAUGGCGCUGCACGUCAACAGAGUUCUUCAGCGACUCUCUCCGCAGGAGGCCGCUUGGCUCCUGCCUGCAGCCUGGCAGUUGUACGCAGGAGGACGGCGUUAUCGGCAUCACGCUGCAGGCUCCUCACCAUGCUACGUACCCCGCAGGGCGGUCCUCUACUGCCCUGGCAAUGAUGAGCGAAAAUUGAGAAAGCUAACAUCACUGGACGUCGACUGUGCUGUUCUGGACUGUGAGGAUGGCGUCGCCCUCAGCAAAAAGGCAGAGGCCAGGGAAACCAUUCCAAAGAUGCUGGCAGAGUUGGACCUUGGUCGCACGGAAAAGUGUGUGCGGGUUAACUCUGUAUCUAGUGGCUUAGCUGAAGCUGACCUGCAGGUCAUCCUACAGGCUGAGGUGCUCCCUCCUGCCAUCAUGGUGCCCAAAGUGGAGGACACACGGGAGGUGCAGUGGUUUGUUGACAGAUUUCAGCUCCACUUGAAAGGACGGGCCACUGACAGAACCCAUUCGUCUGGUCACCUUGUGGAAACCGCUGUGGGCCUGCUCAAUUUUAAGGAAGUGUGUGAAGAAAUACACCGACUUGCUCCAAGGUUGGUCCUCCACCAUGACGGUGUGGUGUUUGGCUCGGAUGACUUCUGUGCCAGCAUAGGUGCCACAAGGACAAAGGAUGCCAGAGAGCUUCUUUACGCCAGGCAGAAAGUGGUUGUGACCACCAAAGCUUUUGGACUGCAGGCCAUCGACCUGGUCUACAUCGACUACAAGGACGUGGAGGGUCUGAGGCAGCAGGCCAGAGAGGGCGCUCUCAUGGGUUUCACAGGCAAACAGGUCAUCCACCCCGGACAGAUCCAGGCUGUGCAGGAAGAGUUCUCCCCAAGUCCAGAGAAGGUGCAGUGGGCCAAAGAGCUCAUUGCUGCUUUUGACCAGCACCAAAAGGAAGGAAAGGGUGCAUUCACCUUCCACGGAAGUAUGAUUGACUUGCCCUCGCUGAAGCAGGCUCAGAACAUCGUAACGCUCUCCAGCGCAGUUUCAGAGAAGUAACUUGAGCGGAAAGAAGGAACAAGAGGAAACGCAGAAUUUAACCUUAAGAUGAGCAAGCAGCG